AUUAACGACCUUGCCGAAACAAUGGACGUCGAAAAGAUAUUAGCACGUGCAUCGCAGAUAUGCCACGAGGUCCGCAAUUCGUCUGAUGCAGCAGGACUCACGGAUCUUUUCGAGGUUCCUCAUCGGAAGGAAAGUAUUGGCUUAAUGCGCAGGGCGUCUGUUCCCGAGUAG